AUGGAUCUAACACGCCUUGUCCUGUCAGUGCUUCUGCAGUGUGUGAGUGCAGUGUGGGCCCGAGUGCUCCUGCUCACCGACAUGUACGGAACCAUGCACUCACCCAGCUUUCCAGAACCAUAUCCAAAGGACAGCGAGAUACACUGGAAUAUCAGUGUUCCAGAAGGAUAUCAGAUUCGCCUCUACUUCAUGCACUUCGACAUCGAGCCAUCAUACCUGUGCGAGUAUGACUAUGUAAAGGUAUACUCAGACAGCGAGGAGCUUGCAGUGUUUUGUGGAAGAGAGAACACGGAUACAGAACGGGUUCCUGCUGACGAUGUUAUCUUAUCACCAGGGAACAUUCUCAGUGUGGCGUUUCACUCAGACUUUUCCAACGAGGAGCAUUACUCUGGGUUUGAAGCACACUACAGUGCAGUGGAUAUUGAUGAGUGUAGAGAUGAAAAUGAUGAAGUCAGGGCCUGUGAUCACUUUUGUCACAACUAUAUUGGCGGCUUCUACUGCUCCUGUCGAUAUGGACACCAGCUUCAUUCUGACAACAGAACGUGCAAAGUGGAAUGUAGUGACAGCGUGUACACCGAAGGUUCUGGACUGAUCACCAGUCCAGAUUUUCCCAAGCCGUACCCUAAAAACUCGGAAUGUCUCUACCGAAUCAAUCUGGAGAAAGGUUUCUCAGUCACUCUGGAUUUCGAUGAGACCUUUGAUGUAGAAGAUCACCCUGAUAUCACCUGCCCCUAUGACCACAUCAAGAUUCAGGCAGGAGAGAGAGUGUUUGGCCCAUUCUGUGGAGACAAAUCACCUGGCAGCAUCCAGACAGGAAGUAGCAUUGUGAGGAUCUUUUUUCAUAGUGAUAUCUCAGGAGAGAAUUUGGGCUGGAAGCUCACCUUCACUUCUACAGGCAGUGAGUGUGCUGUUCCUAUGCCGCCACCUAAUGGUCAUUUGGAGCCACUACAGUUGAAGUACUUUUUCAAAGAACACAUCACAGUGACCUGUGACCCUGGCUACUUUUUGCAAAAGGAUAGAGAGAAGUUUGAGCAUUACCAGAUCGAGUGCCAGGCAGAUGGAAACUGGAGCAGCCACAUACCUCUCUGUAGAAUGAUUGACUGUGGACCUGUAGAUGUAUCUUUCGGCGAUGUGGUGCAUAUUAACUCCAGCAACAGUACUACCUUUGGAUCCAGGCUCCUGUACAGCUGUAAGAGCUCUCCUGGAGAACAGAGAACAUAUACGUGUGAUUGGAGUGGUGUGUGGAUGAGUAAGGAUGGAGCCACACUACCUACAUGCCGACCAGAUCUGGAGAAUACCACACAGUCGGAUUCCGAGUUCCAGUUGCCGACUACAACAGCGAAAGCCCAACCAGCAUGUGGUGAGGAAUCACGGCCAUUCCCAUCCCUCCAAAAGCGGAUUGUGGGUGGACGCGCAGCAUUUCCAGGUCUUUUUCCCUGGCAGGUUCUCCUGUCUGUGGAGGAUACGUCUCGGGUUCCAACAGGUCACUGGUUUGGUAGUGGUGCUCUCCUGUCCACAUCAUGGGUUCUCACAGCUGCACAUGUGCUUCGCCGACAGCUCCGGGAUCUGUCAGUUGUUCCUGUGGAUCCUGCACAUGUCCAUGCUACACUGGGGCUCACAGAUGUCCGGGAUAAAAGGCUGGCCAUCAACCGUUCUGUCGAGUUGCUUAUCCUUCAUCCAGAAUUUGACCUGCGCAACUACAACAAUGACAUUGCCCUGGUCAAACUCAGCCAAGAGGUGGUGCUGAAUGAUCUGGUGAGGCCUGUUUGUUUGCCCCCACCGUGGGUCAAAGGCCAAGCUCAUACACCCUUGCCUAACACGCUAGGCGUAGUCGCUGGUUGGGGGAUCAACAUGCCUAAUACCUCUGCCUUGUACAAUGGGAUAACCUUUGAUCUUGGUGUUGUGUCUGAGGUGCUGCAAUACGUGAAAUUGCCAGUUGUUUCGCAGGAGGAGUGUGAAGCCAGCUACACCUCGCGUUCUGCAAACUACAACAUCACAGAGAACAUGUUCUGUGCCGGGUUCUAUCAAGGAGGACGCGAUACGUGUUUAGGGGACAGUGGGGGAGGAUUUGUGAUAAAGGAUCCCCACAGUGGAAAGUGGGUGGUACAGGGUCUCGUGUCGUGGGGCGGGCCAGAGGGAUGCGGUAGUCAGCAGGUGUAUGGGGUGUACACUCGAGUGGCAAACUAUGCAACCUGGCUGCACAAAACGAUGGACACAGACUGCUGGUGGUGA